UCAGGUGUGAAUCCUACGAAUAUACCGGCACCGAUUGACUACAAUAAACCGUAUAUGUUGAAAUGCGACUCUCGGGGAACGUGCUAUGCAAGUCCGUUGAACGACGACGAAGUGCCUCCGUUACCGUCCUACGCCGAGGCUCUCUCAUGUGCCACGAAACCAGCGCCCAAGAGCGCUAAAUCCUCUCAUAGCACUUCCAGUGAGCCGUCGGUAGUCUAA